AUGUUCAUUACAGUAUUACAUGGAGAUAAUGAACAUGCCCUUUUCAAUAUAUUCUGUAAAAUUCCGGUUUUGCUGGACUGUAUCAAACAGAACUGUCACCAUGAGAUCAAAGCUGAGAUUGACCUAGCUGAUGAGAGUGGACAAGUGAAGAAUUUAUUGCAAAACCAACAUUGCUACGCUUCUGACAUCCUGGCUGAACGAGAAGUUUAUAUUCUUCUUGGUGUGAACAAACCGAGCAGGGCAUCAACACCUGUGUACAUACCAUUACUGAACAAUGAUAAUAUAGUCAAUUCCAAAUUCCUAGCUGGUGUUUACAAAAUGCCAUUUAAGUUGCAAUUGAAGAUGCUUGCCAGGUAG